AUGCAGCGACCAGAAAUUCGCUCACGACAAGGCCGCAAUUGCGACUACGCAAACGAAUUCCGUUGGGCGCCCGUCAGCGAUGCGUUUGUUGUUCCUGAUGUUUCGUUCAACGGAGGUACCAAAAGGGUUAAUCGAGACGAGAGGCAAAGACCGGCCCAGAAUGGGGGUCGACAACAGCGUAAGCGUGGCCGAUGGCAAGAUUCACAUCCAAGCGAUAGCAGCGGCCAAGUCUUGGACCAAUGCCAAAACGAAACCCAGACUCUCGAUCAAGGUGAAAGCCCAAACUUCGGCACGGCGCCUUACAAUAACGACAACCAGCUACGUUUAGGAGGCAGUGAAUAUCGAGAUGGGGCUUGUUCUAGAUCUGCAGCAACUUUAGAUACUUUGCACACGUCUAUGACCUCCAUCAGCCCUGCCACUACACACCAGCAAAUGCCUUCACUGCAGGAUUUUGAAGGUUUGACUCAAGGGAACCGCGACGUGAGCUUAUAUUUCGACGACCUUCCAAAUAUGCAGUUUGACAGCAACUGGUUCAACGCAUUUAUGAUUGGUCAAGACCUUACGACAUUAUCCGCCCACUACGAGGAUCAUGUAUCAGCUACAGGCGACAGCAUAAGCGAGCAAUCGUUGAUGAACCCGAACAGUGUCCAGUUGGACUCUGUCCCAAGUGACGGUGGCGCGUCGCUGGGAAUUAUUGAACGCGAUUAUGGGGUUGAUGGAUCAAACUCUAGUACCAAUCCCGUAUUUGGUAUCACCAAGACCUUUGAGCACAGAUUAGGACCGCUCACAUCAAGCCUUACCACUUGCACUGAGGAAAUCGCUUUCAACUCCUUUAUGACCGAUGCGUCUCCUCGAAUUCCAGCUCUCGAUAGCCCUGGAAAUCCGUUUCUCUUAUCCCUGAGAGAAGUCACCCUUGCAGCAUAUGUCAUUCACAUCGCUUCGGAGGUUAUGACUGGUAGCCUCACGACGGACACACAUCUUCUAAAUGCAUUCAAGUUGGUGGUUGAACUACGAUAUAUCGACAAGAUGCCUGACGGAUUCUAUUCUCGCUUUUUAGUGCAGCGAUUUGCCUUGAUUGAUAUCAUCAUGUCUCUCUUGAGGCGCCGGAAGCCCCUCGCACCCGAAUCUUUCAUCUUGUAUCAGCAGCAUGAGGAAGCUGAUGUAUCUGAGCCGUCCUUUCGCGAACUGACUGGCUGCCCUCAGCCUGUACUUUCUUUUUUGGCGAAGAUAUCGAUAUUGGCAACUGACGUUGAGUUGGAGAACGACGUACGGCUCGCUCAAACGUAUCAACUCGAAACGACUAUGCGAGACUGGGGAUCACGAAAGUACCCGAUGCCGCUGAAUAUAGCUCCUCGAUCAAACAGCCCUGUGUCUGUCACUCCCUCCCAAGAUGACCAUCUAAGGACCCUCAAUGCAUGCUUUUACUGGAUGGCGCACCUUCUCCUUGCCCGGCGAGUAUUUAUGGAUCCUACAACGUCAAGUCGGGUUCAACUUUACCGAAAGCAUCUUUUCUCUCUUAUUGAUAGACUCCCUCCCGGCUGUGGGCCAGACUCCUCAUUGCCAAUUCCAUUUUAUAUUGCUGCGCGAGAGGCUAUCGUACCUCGGGACCGUGAAUGGGUGCGCCAAAAGCACGAUGAGAUGAUAGCCAUAUAUCCAGAUCGUUCUAGAGAGCUUAUGAUGUCUUCGACAGAAGACAUUUGGAGUAUGAGUGAUGGGGAAUAUCAUGACCUGGUGCCCAAAGGGCCUUGGGACUUCCCUUGUAUGGAUGAUGAUAUGAACAUCCGAAUGAAGGACUCUCAAGCAAUGCAUUUUAUAAUCUAG